AUGUUGGGCAAUGUGUUGAGUUGGCCGUUACCCACAAAAAAUGUGUCUGUGGUGGAUGAGGCUACUGCUGCAGCCCAGAGCUCCUGUAUCCUGAGUCCUCAUGUGGAACUCAGGGUUGGAGACAUCCUCAAUGUGACUGUGAUAGCAAAAAAUGCCAGGGGGCAGCUCAAAACCUAUGGAGGAGAUUUUUUCCAAGCCAAGCUGUUUAACAGUGAAACAAAGGCCAGCUUGUUUGGACUGGUGACCGAUCACUAUAACGGCACUUACACAGUUCAGCUACCCUUGCUAUGGCCCGGCCCGGCCCGCGUGGCUGUUCGGCUGGUCCACUCCAGUGAGGCAGUGCAGGUUCUGGCCAGGCACAGGGAGCUGCAGCCAAAUAAAGUUUUUUUCUUGGGUCUCUUUCGAGAACAAGGCACAGAGGAGAAGGUGGCGUGUAACGCCCAGAGGAGUGAGUGGCUGUUGAAUGGAGCUGCAUGCUGCUGUGAGUUCAGAGAACCAGUCAGCGGGGAGGUGUGGCUGUGCCGUAAGCCCCCUUCACUGCCCUGCUCUGCUUGGGUUAGUCACAGCUUUGGUGGAUAUCAGGCACAACUCUCCAAUUUAGAGACUAAGCUCCUCAAGAGGGUGAAGGGCAGGCUGGGAAAGUGGAAUGAUAUCGGGGAAAGGCUGUGUGAAAUGUGUGACACGAACGAGCUAGUCAUACCACGAACACUAUUCCCACAUAAGAAUAUACGCAAGGCAAUGUGGGUAUCUCUGGAUGGGAUGACCAGGAAUCAGAUGGACCAUGUACUGAUUAGUAAAAGAUUCAGGAAUUCAGUGAAAGAUACUAGAGUAUACAGAUCUGCAGACAUCGAAAGUGACCACUAUCUUGUAUGCACGACGGUCAAGCUGAGACUGAGAAAGCAGCCAAAGGAAAAGAAAAGUAUUAGAGUCAAGUGUGAUACGGCCAAGCCGAAAAACGAAGACAUCUUGAAGACGUUUAUCAUCGUGAUCCUGUGGAGCUGGAAGAGAGGACUUAUCAUCAAACUAGUGAUGAAAGGAAAUCUCAAAGAAUGCAAGAACUCAAGAGGUAUAACCCUACUUUUUGUCAUGGGAAAGAUACUUGGGAGAAUUAUUAUUGAUCGGAUAAGAGGCAGAGCAGACUGCAGGUUGAGGAAGGAACAGGCAGGUUACAGGAAGGGCAGGGGGACAGCGGAGCAGGUCUUCAUACUGCGCAACAUCAUCGAACAGGUCAGUGAGUGGCAAGCAAUGCUAUGCUUGAACUUCGUAGAAUUCGAAGAGGCCUUUGACCCUAUCCACCGUGAAAGUCAGUGGGUGAUCAUGAAAGAAUACAGAAUCCUUGAGAAGAUUGUGAGAAUGGUGAAAAUAUUCUAUGAAGACAUGAAGCCGCUGAGUAAAGGGAAGAGGAAGAAGUGUAUUCCGGGUUUGGAGACGCAAGUGCCUGCUGGGUUCUACCACCAGGACCAAUGGACAUCACUAGUGUGUGAGUCUCAGAUCUUCUCAUCUGCCAGCCAGGUAUCAGUGUGUCUGCGAGACAAACAGAUUCUGAUGAUGGGAGACUCCACGCUGCGCCAGUGGUUUGAAUACCUUGUUCAACAUGUGCCAUCACUGAAGCUCCUGAACCUCUUCACUUCAGCCAAGUCAGGGCCGUUUGAAGCAGUGGACACAGACAGUAACAUUCGGCUGGAGUGGAGAGCUCACGGGCUCCCUCUGCGCACGAGUGAGACUCCCCGCGCUGAUCUGCACUACAUUGCCGCAGAGCUGCAGGGUGUGGCAGGGGGUGAGCACACUGUGGUGGUCUUCACUAUCUGGGCUCAUUUCACCACUCACCCGCUGUCUCUGUACGUACGACGAUUGGCGAACAUUCGCAGGGCUGUGGUUGCCCUGCUGCAGCGAGCUCCACGGACGUUGGUGGUGAUUAAGACAGCAAACACAGGAUACAAAGAUGUGUAUGGCAGUGACUGGUUGUCAUGGCAGCUGGACUGUGUCUUAAGGGUCAUGUUCAAGUCACUGCCCGUUGUGAUACUUGACGUCUGGCAGAUGACUUCAUGUCAUUAUUCUCCUGACAAUAUUCAUCCACCACCAGAGGUGAUCCGUAAUGAGGUGGAUCUUUUCCUGUCUUUUGUGUGUCCCAAAUGA